GUAAGUGCUGAACCAGUAAGAGGUCUGAACCAUUAAGUGCUGAACCAGUAAGAGGUCUGAACCAUUAAGAGCUAGUAUAUUGCUUAACUAUUCAGAGGCAAAUGUCUGAUCAAUUCAGAUAAGAGCUCUUAACCAUUCAGACUCUGCCGAUAAACUGUAUGUAUACGAUAAUCUAUACAUAUAAAUGUAUACCGAUCGAUUAUGAGCUCGUCUUCAGGAAGCAGCAGCAGCAAUGGGGCGGCGGCGGCGGGGGUGGGGCCGUGUGGGGCGUGCAAGUUCUUGCGGAGGAAAUGCGUGGCGGGGUGCGUAUUCGCGCCAUACUUCGACCCGGAGCAGGGACCCGCCGUGUUCGCCGCCGUCCACAGGGUGUUCGGAGCCAGCAACGUUUCGAAGCUCCUCAGCCACCUCCCGCCCCACAACCGCCUCCACGCCGUCCUCACCGUCUGCUUCGAGGCUCAGGCCCGCCUCCGUGACCCUGUCUACGGCUGUGUCUCUCACAUCUUUGCCUACCAGCAGCAGGUAGCAAACCUACAAGCGGAGCUCUCCUACCUACAAGCCCACAUGGAAGCUCUCCAGGUGUCGACACCACCGCCGGCGCCGCCUCAAUCAACGUCGGCGGCAUACACUAUUCCCGACCAGCUCCCCACUGCUCCUGCAUGCAUCUGCGAUCUCUCAUCUCUCUUUGACCCGACCGCACAACAGCCGCGCCAAAACUUGGGAGGCGCUGCCACCGGAGAUCCGGCCGAUUACAUGUCAUCCUCUUCGUCGUCGUCCACGGCCAAUGCCGGAGUCCUUCAAGAGGUGACGCGCCACCUUAUGCACAGGCGGCAUUAGCUAGCUAGCUAUACACCAAUCCGAUAUUCGAUGAUAUUUCAAGUGGGAUCUUACAUUACCUCUCGAGUCUAAAAAAGAUUAUUAUAAUUU